AGCACCGCAGCCCCAUGUAGGACGGGGCUGUGCCGCUGGUGCUGGAGCCGCGGGGCCGUCCGCCCAGGGCCGGGCCGGGGGGAAGAUGAGCGAGAGGCGGAGGUCGGCGGUGGCCCUCAGCUCCCGGGCUCACGCAUUCUCUGUCGAAGCCUUGAUUGGGACGAAUAAAAAGAGGAAACUGCGGGACUGGGAGGACAAGGGGCUGGAUUUGUCCAUGGAAAGCCUCAGCCCCAAUGGCCAGCUGGGCGACGGCGAGGACCCGACGCAAUGCCUGGACCUCAACCCCGACUCAGAACAGAGCACUGGGUCAGACACAGAGGUGUUGGCAGAAAGAACAUCCUGCUCUUUUGGCUCCCAUUCUGACCUUACAUCUGGUGGAUCGGGUCCUCAACCUCCUCCACCUUCAUCCAUGGAAGAGAUCCAAGUAGAACUGCAGUGUGCUGACCUCUGGAAAAGAUUUCAUGACAUUGGGACAGAGAUGAUCAUCACAAAAGCAGGCAGGAGAAUGUUUCCAGCCAUGAGGGUGAAAAUUACAGGUUUGGAUCCUCACCAGCAGUAUUAUAUUGCUAUGGACAUUGUACCGGUGGAUAACAAGAGAUACAGGUAUGUGUACCACAGCUCCAAAUGGAUGGUGGCUGGCAAUGCUGACUCUCCAGUGCCCCCAAGGGUUUACAUCCACCCGGACUCAUUGGCUUCUGGAGACACCUGGAUGAGGCAGGUGGUCAGUUUUGACAAGCUCAAGCUGACCAACAAUGAACUUGAUGAUCAAGGACAUAUAAUUUUACAUUCAAUGCAUAAGUACCAGCCUCGUGUUCACGUCAUCCGCAAGGAUUUCAGCAGUGAUCUUUCUCCGACGAAGCCAGUUCCCUCAGGAGAUGGGGUGAAAACCUUCAACUUCCCUGAGACUGUCUUCACCACAGUGACAGCCUACCAGAAUCAACAGAUCACCAGAUUAAAAAUUGACAGAAACCCUUUUGCUAAAGGCUUCAGAGAUUCUGGGAGAAACAGGACGGGUCUGGAGGCCAUCAUGGAGACCUACGCCUUCUGGAGGCCCCCUGUGCGCACUCUCACUUUUGAGGAUUUCACCACCAUGCAGAAGCAGCAAGGAGGCAGCACUGGCACCUCCCCAACAACCUCCAGCACAGGGACUCCAUCACCCUCUGCUUCCUCUCACCUUCUCUCUCCAUCCUGCUCCCCUCCAGCCUUCCAUCUGGCCCCCAACACUUUCAAUGUUGGUUGCCGGGAGAGUCAGCUUUGCAACCUCAACCUGUCUGACUACCCUCCAUGUGCCAGAAGCAACAUGGCUGCCCUGCAGAGCUACCCAGGGCUGGGCGACACUGGCUACAACCGGCUGCAGAGUGGCACUGCUUCCGCCUCACAGCCCUCCGAAAGCUUCAUGCCUCAGAGGACUCCAUCUUUGAUCUCAGGAAUGCCAACUCCUUCUUCUCUGCCCAGCAACAGCAAGAUGGAGGCCUACAGCAGCCAGCUGGGGUCUUUCCCCAGCUCCCAGUUUCAGUAUGUCAUGCAAGCAGGCAAUCCUGCAUCCAGUUCUUCUUCUUCACACAUGUUUGGUGGCAGCCACAUGCAGCAGAGCUCCUACAAUGCCUUCUCCCUGCACAAUCCCUACAACCUCUAUGGAUACAAUUUCCCUGCUUCCCCAAGGCUGGCAGCAAGCCCGGAGAAACUCACCACUUCCCAAAGCACUUUACUCUGCUCUUCCCCAUCCAGUGGGGCCUUUGGAGAGAGGCAAUAUCUUUCCACAGGGAUGGAUCAUGGGAUGCACAUGAUCAGUCCUCCCUCCAGCAACCAGCAGACAGCCAAUGCCUGUGACAACAGACAGUAUGGUGCUGUUCAGGGCUCUUCCUCACAGAUGUCUGUGCACAUGGUCUAACCAGCUGUGCCUCUCCUUGGCAUGGAAGGCAAUAGGACCUGCAUUGUUUCCAUGGAUAAAACCAUCCUAGUACCUUUUUGCCUUCAAACUUAUAGAGAAACUAGCAUUGUAAUGAUAAAUUAGAACACAAACCAUCUAGGUAUGCACCACCAAAUCUUGUGGAAAACCUUCAUUGACAGCCAUUGUUGAAAUCCAGGGCCCCUGGACCUGGUAUGGAGUGUCUGCUCCUUCUGGACAUUGCAAAGAGAAGGGCAGGACUUUAAUGAGAAGCUGGAGUGAAGAAACCAAAUAUACAGUUUAUGCAUUAACUCUCAGCUAGUGUGAGCUCUCAUGGUGAGAGAGCUAUUUCCUUGUGCCGUCUUCUCUGAGUGUUGAAGAAAGGCAGUCUCCCAAGACUUUGUCCUGAAGCUGUACUGCCCAUGAUGGGCCAAAGCUUUAAAUGCCUUCCCCUUCCUGAACUGUCCCUGGCUGCUGAAGCAGCUCAGCCUGUUUCUGAAGCCAUCAGUGACCUAUGGCUCCUUCUACUGUAGCACAGGAAUGACACUGCUGAGUUGGAGCUUCUCUUCCUAAAGAGGUUUCUGUACUUUCAUUGCAGCUCUGCUCGACCAGUGUUUUCUUUUUGAGGGUCGAGCCUACCAGUACUCAGUCUGCAGACAGAGAUGAGAGAGAGGAGAGAGAAAAAUUUUAACUCGUAAGUGAGUCUCAGACACGAGCAGGGUUUGAAGCUUGACACAAGCAUCUUUGAAAAGAUGCACAGGGGGAGAAGGAGAUCAGCUCUUACUGACAUUCCCUAAAGGGAUGUACUCAAGCCAAAAGAACAAAAGCCUCUGUGGGGAACAUGUGUCUUGUAGCACUCAACUCAAUGGGAGGAAACUCCAGACUGAACUCAUGGGGAAGAACAAUGAGAAAUGAGCGCUCUGCUCUGCAGCAGUACAAUGGCCUCCCUCACCUUGCAUGUAAGAAUUGCCAUAGAAAACCAAUAGCAUUUCAGUAACAAUGAGGUCGAGUAUUCUCCAAAUUCCUGCCUGCCAUGGGAUCUCUGCUUAACCAACUUUCUUUUAUGUUUUAUUUUCUUCUUGUUUUUUUUUUUCUUUUUUUUUUUCUUCUUCAGAUCCUUUAAAAAUAAGAAAACAAUUGUAGCUUGGUGCAAGCUAUGCAUUUAAGUUGUGUGAAAAUGCAAAUACCAAGUAACAGAACACAGAUAUUAUUGAGAUUUGUUGUGAGGUGUUGUAGAUAAAUGUAUUUAUAUGCCUAGUGGGGGAGUCAAUAUUAUGAAUAUAAAAGAGGGCAAUAAAAAUGGUAUGUAAAAUAUGUAUGAAGAAAAAGGUGUAUAAAGAUUUGCCCUAUGCACGGAACUCUGUUUCUAAGUGCCAAGCACAGAAUGCGCUAAAUAAAUCUUUGCAAUUGUUCCUUCUGUGUUUUUUAUUUUUGUUUUUAUUUUUGUCUGUGAGGCUUCUUUAACAGUCUUCUAGAGACAUAAGUUUUCAAAGUACUGCCAUGCAUGCUUUCACUAUAGAAGAAUUAAAAAUAUGAAGUAGAGGUGAAGUCCAGGUACAUUGUUUAAAGAGAAUGCAAGCAUCUGCAUGGAUUUGUGUUGGGGCAGAUCACUCAAAAGGAGUGUUAGCAGUCAGAAAUACUGUUCUGCAACUACCAGCCCAGAAAUUUGUUUCCCGGGAAGACCUAAAUAAAUUCUUGAUGCUUUAUAUAACUUAAAUCCCCAAUAUCGAUCAUAAUGAAAUCUCUUGUAAUAUGAACAAUUCUCUCGAGCAGUCUAUCAGCUCAAGUAAUUAGUAAACAUUCCCAGGAGCACUAUUUACAGUAGAAGUUCUCUUCAUUAGUUGGGAUUUAUUAGGUGUCUGCUUUCACAGGAAUUGUGUCUUAUGGACUGCUAGAAUUAUUAUUUUGAUUGUUGAAGUCUAAUAAAAAGUUUUUCAGA